AUGGUUUCAAGCGGACCGCAAGACGAGAUUGUCGAUCCGCGGCAGGCGGAUGCCCUCCGCGUGGCACAGGAGUUCCAGGAUGAGAGGACGCCGCUGCUGAACGGCCAACCGAAGCCGGCAAACGGCGACAGUGCGGAGGCACAGCAGAACGGCACCUCCGCGGUCCAGGAUGAGGAGCACACGAUCCUCGCCGACGAGGUGACCGGAUGGAAACUCUGGCUCACUUUGAGUGCCUCCUGGAUUGGCGUCUUCCUUGGUGCUGUUGACUCUACCAUCAUCGCCACUCUGUCGGCGCCCAUCUCGAGCGAGUUCAAGUCGCUCAGUUUGAUGUCAUGGCUGGCGACGGCGUACCUUAUCGCCAAUGCCGCCUGCCAGCCUAUCUCUGGGCGUCUGACUGACAUCUUCGGCCGGGGUCCCGGCCUUGUCUUCAGCAACAUCUUCUUCGCUGCGGGAAACCUGAUUUGCGGACUUGCGCAAACCGACGGUGUCAUGAUCCUCGGCCGAGUCGUGGCUGGCAUUGGUGGAGGAGGGCUCAUGUCGAUUUCGACUUUCCUAGGCUCUGAUCUCGUGCCACUGCGAAAGCGUGGCGUGGUUCAAGGAGUUGGCAACAUUUGCUACGGUACUGGAGCCAUGGUCGGCGGAGUCUUCGGCGGCUUUAUCAAUGAUCAUACGCGCUUGGGAUGGAGACUUGCAUUCCUGGUGCAGGUGCCUGUUAUCAUCGUCUCUGGACUCCUCGUGUUCUUCCUCGUCAAGGUCCCACCUAAAACGUCAAACAAAUCGUAUCUGACGAGAAUCGACUUCACCGGUGCCUUCCUUACCGUGGCGUUCCUCGUGGUCCUUCUACUCGGCCUCAACGCUGGAGGCAACCUGGUACCCUGGACACACCCCCUCGUACUCACCACACUGCCAUUGUCCUUCGUUCUUCUUGUUGGUUUCGUCAUCUGGGAGGCCCGGUCGAAGCAGCCUAUCAUCCCGGUUCGUCUACUCGUCACGCGGACGGUAUUCAUGGCCUGCUUGACAAAUCUUGUUAUUACAAUGGCCAACAUCAUUGGUGUUUUCUACGUUCCGCUCUACCUCCAGGUCCGCGGAUUUUCCGCCACCGAGGCUGGAAUGCGCAUCGCUCUACCCUUCUUCGGCGUCUCUUUUGCAUCCUUUGGCAGUGGAUAUGUCAUGAAGCGGACGGGGCGGUAUGUUCGCCUGGGCACCUUCGUCAUGGUCUGCUUCCUUGCUGGUGCUAUCGUCGUUUCGACCUUGGACGAGAACUCGCCAGAGUGGGUUCCGUUCCUCUCGUUCCUGCUCUGUGGUAGCGGCUAUGGAGGCAUGUUGACUGUAACAAUGCUUGCAUGCAUCGCCUCUGUGGAUCAUUCCCAGCAGGCUGUCAUUACGAGUGCUACCUACGCUUUCCGAUCAGUCGGAGCCACUGUCGGUGUUACCGUUGCGUCUACCGUGUACCAAAACAUUCUGAACAAUCGAUUAAAUGACCGCUUCGGAUCAUUGCCUGGUGCUGCGGAGGAAAUUUCCAGGAUCCGGGAUGAUCUAAGUGAGCUGAAGCACCUGCCAGAUGGAUGGAAGGAAGGAGUCAUCGCUUCUUUCAUGGAGGCAUUCAGGGGCGUAUGGGUAACCAUCAUAGGGCUGUCUGUGGUUGGUCUAAUUUCCAUCUCACUAAUGAAGCAACAUAAGCUUCACUCUAAUCUAGCCAGGAGGGACGAUAACUAA